GUCUGCGGUCUCUGAACAUUUAAGGUCAUCAUGCCAAUUUGCACACCACCUCAUAUCUCUGCAUGCGGGAGCCCUUUUCUCCCCCUACUACACCCCUUCCCAGCACCAUCACAGACCUUUCCCUCCCUUUAAAGGGAGAGGAGGAGCAAAGGGAAGAUGAAAUUACCGCAGUGGAUUUUAUAAUUGACUCUUGCAUCCUGGUCAGAGGGAAGCAUUUGCUGGCAAGAUGUUGCAGAGCUGCCCGGGUCUAACACGAGUGUAAAGUAGCUCCAGGACAGAAGAAACUCCAGACCUUGCCACUAACAGAAGUGAAACUACUCGCCGUGCCCAGUCGCUUCAUCCCUUCCCCGCCCUCCCACCGUGCGCCGUGCAGAGAUGCAUCCAGCCGGCAGAGGAAGGGGUAGGUCUCCCCGGCUGUCAGUCAGCAGGGGCUGCCCGGCCCGGGACGAGCUGAUCCCGAAAUAAGGACUCGCCCUGGCGGACAGCAGAGCACUGGGAAGUGCCCGGACCCGCACCGUGCCUGGAAGCAUCGCCCGCUCGGCAUCCUUCUCCCUCUGGCGCCACCGAUCCCUCGCUACCUCCCUCAGAGAGCUGCCUGCUAACUUCGGCGCCGACUCCAGGUCUGCCCGCCCGGCUGUGGGCAGGAUGGCGGCUACACCAUCCCCACUCCGCCCCGGGGGCAGCCAGCCCCUUCCUCUUCUUCGUCCCACCGCCGAGCCCCGAGCUGGAGCCCCUGUGGCACAGUCGCUUCGCCGUGUCCUGCCAGGGGCGGAGAGCCCUCUCCGGAGCGCCUGAGCGCGGAUCGAGCUCCAGCACCGCGGACAGCUCCCGGAGGGCCGAGCCCCGGCACGACGGACAGCUCCCAGUGGACUAGUGCGCCCGACUCCGCGCCUCGGAGCCGUUGUUUAUUGCGUUCUGCAGCCCCGUGCUGCGUGUAGCAGCGCACUGCUCUGCCGAGGACGCCGAGAGACGACCCCCCCAGUCUCACUGCUACCCACCGCGGUAGAAGAAGGCUUCUCUCUUUUUUCUCUGGGCUCGGAGUCUGUCUUCUGUAGAUCGGGAUUUACAAGCCUGAAUGGUGCUUGGCUACAGUGGUGCAAGAAUCUACAGACUCCAAGGUGUGCUACUGAGUUAGAAAGAAAUCUGGGAUCUGUCACGCUGCGGAAGGAUAAAAGAAACCCUAUACAACCAGCAAAACAAUCCCAAACCUUCCUAACUCCCUCCAGCCAACUUUACCCCACACCUCCUGGCCGUGAGCAUUUCUCCUCCCUUCAUUCUCCUUCCUUUGGAAGCUGUAGGAUGAGGCAUUUCCUUCUGUCUGUCUCAGGGUAAAAGGAUACCCUGGGGGCAGCAACACACAUCUGGCAGGGAUUGAAAGGUUUAAAUCCAGCCUCCACGGCAAUCAACAAUGGCCAAUGAACCGGUGAUUCUGAAUGUGUAUGAUAUGUACUGGAUAAAUGAAUACACCUCCACCUUGGGCAUUGGUGUCUUCCACUCUGGCAUUGAGAUCUACGGCAGAGAGUUUGCCUAUGGAGGGCAUCCCUAUCCUUUCAGUGGGAUUUUCGAGAUCACACCUGGCAGUGCGGUAGAGCUUGGCGAGACCUUUAAAUUCAACUACACUGUCACAAAAGACAGACCAGCUACUAGAGGAGUCUGGGAGGAUGCUUCAUUAAGAGAAUCCAUUGCACUGGGCACCACAGACUUCACAGAAGAGGAUGUGGAUAAGAUUAUGGAAGAGCUGGGCAAAGAGUACAAAGGCAACGCAUACCACCUGAUGCACAAGAACUGUAAUCAUUUCUCUGCUGCUUUGGCUGAGAUCCUGUGUGGGAGGGAGAUCCCCCGCUGGGUGAACCGCCUGGCCUACUUCAGCUCCUGCAUCCCCUUCCUCCAGAGCUGCCUCCCCAAGGAGUGGCUGACCCCAGCAGCCCUGCAGAGCCACAUCAGCCUUGGCUUGCACAAGGAGGAGCAAGGGGACACAACGGAUGAGGAGUCUCCCUCCACUUCUGCCACCCCCUCAGCCUCAGGCACCUCGCGAACCUGUAGACACACCCGGGUCUGAGCUGUGCCCACCAUGGCCUCUAGUAACAUUCUCCUCUCUCUUGUGCUGUUUCUUCCUCAGUCUCCCUUUCUCACACCAUGGUUUCUCUCCUCUUUUUUCAUCUGACAACACAGGGGAGGGAAGACCCCUGCUACUGAGGAGGAGAAGCUUCAGACCCUUUUCAAAGGGCUGCUACUACAGUUGCUUGGCAGAAUGAUUGUGAACUUCAACACUGAGCUGAGGAGUGUGGCAACUAUGCUGGAUUCUCCUCCCAGGAUCUCCAUGCUCCUUGAUCCACAGAGAAAGCUGCUCUCUCAGGCACGAGAGCUCACGUAGGAGCAGGGAGCGCCAUACUGUGAUGUUCCUCCACUAGGACAGUUUUAUCUUUUUAUCUCUUCUCCCACCCACUUGAGCCCAGCAGUCUCCUCUGUAUUUUAGCUUGGGUUGCCACAGGGCAAAUUUCCUGCCUGCACCCAGUGAAGCAGGCAGAGCCAGAACUCAACUUUCUCAUGUCUUAGACCAGCAACAAGAUCCACUCAGCCACAUCCCUUUUGUAAUUAUCAGGUUUCUAACUCAUGUGAAGGAAAUGAAAGGUGCUGAUGUUCUACAACCACCAGUUUUCACUAUUCAAAUUUAAGAGCUCAAAUGACUGCCCUGCUCUUGAAAAUAAUAACAAAGAGAACCCAGAAAAUGAAUGUGUUACCAUGGCUUUUCUUUAGGGUCAAAAAAAAAAGGAUGGGGCUAGUGCUUAGAGGCAGCUACUAAGUAGGUGCAGAAAUGACUGUUGACCAUAUUGGUGCUUUUUGGCACAAACCCCUCUCAGUUCCCCUACUUCUAGGCAGUGUUCCUGGUUACCUCUUUUUCCCUUUCCCCAGGCUUGCAAAUCUGUCUCGUAGCUGACAUUUGCUGGCUUUUUUAUUUUUUACUUAUUUAUUUAUUUAUUUAUUUAUUUUGAGGGAAACGGCCCUCUGGAGCAGUAAGAUGAGGGAAAGAAAUCUGCUGGGAAGAUCAGUACUUCCUUUAGCUUUUUCUUCUGCGCCCAUAAACAAAACAUGUCUCCUGAGCCACCCCUCCCCUGUCUAUUGCAGAGCCAACCCAAGAAGGUAAAAAAUAAGUGAUGAACCUGUUUCCUUCUCCUCCCUUUCUGGAGGUGGAGAGGGAAAUCUAGGGCCACAUCAAGAAAGCAUGGAUGACCCUUCCCAUGCAUGGGCCACCAUGGUGCCUUCUGUUGUGUGCACUGUUUCAGUGGCAUGAAAAAUGGGCAGGGCUGGCUCACUGGUCUCUCCAGGCAGGUUCUUGAUAUGAAUCUGGUCCUUGGAUGUAUUUCUGCUCAUUCUGAUGGCUGACAGGAAAGCUGAGGAGGGAGAAAAGGACAGGGAUGCCAACCUUUCCACUCAAUUACCUCACCAAGAGUUUUAUUCAGAAGAUGCAAGAGAGCAUCAAAGGGGAAUCCCAGGCCUCUCUCCCCCUUUUAGCUCCUCUUAACCACACAAAGGAGGAAAAAAAAGAACAGGCACAGUUUUGACAGGAGGUUGCUGCUUUAGAAAUGCUGUUCUCAACAGCUGCUAUCAAGUCAGGACUUUCCCCUCCAUCCAGAAAGAACUGUAAGUCCUUCAGAGACGUUGUUUCCUUUUACUGGUUGCAGUAAGACCUAGAGCAUGCUAAGUCCAACCAGCUGUUUCUUGAGCUCAGGUAUAUAGAAGUGUGUGCUUUCAGCACUGAAGGUCCUGGCUAUGAUGUCUACACAGACAGUGCUUCACGGUUUGUUACAUGUGUACACUCCUAGUGAAAAAGGAGGCUCUGGAGAGAUGUACUGUAUGGGAAUAAAACUCAUGGGACGGUCCACUCCACUACUUCCUGGAGUGAUGCGUGUUUGGGCAAUGAGCCUUUUACAAUGUGUCUCCCAUUUUCAUCUUCUGAACAAAUUGCUGCAAGUUCUGUACCGAACUAAAGUUAUGCUCCUUAUUAACCUUGGCUACUCACAGCCAAUACUGCAUUGUAAGCAGUUCUACAGCUCCUGGUAUCCAAUCGAGCACUAGUCUGAAUUACCCUGGCUUGUUCUGGGAUGUUUAAUAAGAUUUCCAUCCUGUUCUCUGUUCUGCUGCCCAGAAACAUUACACAAUGUUGCACGCUCCUUUCACCUGCAGUCAUCGUCAUAGUAGCCUAAACCAGCAAUGCAAGCUCCAUUCGUCUGAAGUUCCCAGGGUGCCUGCCAAUAGCCAGCAGCACAGUAUGUGCAGUGAAUUUUAAAAUCACUUUGUAGGUCCUUCUCUGGAGGUGAGAAAAGGCUUUCCCAGAGCUUUUGUGUAGACCAGGGAAACUGCAGUUGGAAAUGUCUCAUUCCUGAUGUGACAAAAGCCAGCCAACCAGCACCCUCAGGUUUCCAUUCUGCACCUGAGCUCCAGAUAACACAUCAUUACACAUUUAGGAGAGAACUAUGGCUCCAGUGGCACAUUUCACAAGGAAAACCCUCUCACAGUGUUUCACAAGGUAAAAUGUUUAACUGGCUGUAUUGUAACACAGAGAAGAAAGCUGAACUCAGCCUUCUUGGAGACAUGGAUAAGUGCUUGAAGUAUUGGGAGUAACACUUGGGGUGAACUGUUGGUGUCAUAAAAACUAGAUGUUUAUCUACUUUUAUGUUUGUCAGUCUUUUAUGUAGGGGUCAUAACAAGGAGGCAUGCAACCUCUGUUGUAAGUCGAAAUGAGAAUAUAUUCCACUCUUCAGAAAGGUUUUUCCUCACCCCUCUCUGUUCAAGGUGAUUGACCAACAAUGACAAGAACAAAGGGACACUGUGGAAAUAAAAUAUAUAUUGAUGAUAGCUUUAUCUCUGUAAUUUAACAGCAUUUUAGAUUAUUAAAAAUGAAAACAUU